AUGUCUCAUCUGGCUUCAACAUAUCAGGCAAUGGUUGCUGAAAGUCUCCUCAUUCCAGUUGAACUCCUCAAAUCACUUGAACUUCUCAACUCUGGAGUGAAACUUUUCAAUGGAAUAGCAGAAAUAGAUUUGAUGCACAUCAUUAAAGGAAGAGAACAGGAGGGAGUACAAACCAAGUUAGACUAUGACUUUGGAUUAAUCUGUUGGUGUCACCAUGUCAGGUGGAAAGCAAUCACCAAAGUGGGUUGGAUGCAUCCAUACUUCCAUCUAUUCACAGAAGACAAGCUGAAGUCAGAGAGAAGGAGAGAUGAGAAAAGGAAUGCAUCCUAUACAUCCAUAGACACUAUCAUCUAG